AUGUGGUUCUUCAAGAAAAAAGUAACACCAACAGUGCCAACGGUGAUCACAUCUAAUAAAAAUAUACAAGAAGAACGUGAAUCACGUCCGAUUUCUACGUAUAGCAAAUUGUCACAUCAAAGUGUUGGUGUUCCGAUAGAUGAACGUGUGACAAUCACUAGAAAAGUCAAUUGUUGUCGGCGAUGUUGUACAAAAAAAACUCUAAAAGAACAAGCUUUAUUAAUGACAACUAUUGCUGCUGUUAUACUUGGUAUUAUUAUCGGAGUUGUACUUAGAAAUCUUAAAUGUUCUACAGGCGAGCGAAUUAAUGGAUGUCGUAUUACCAAAGAAGAAAUAACUUACAUCGAUUUUCCUGGACAAAUAUUUAUAAAUAUACUUAAAAUGCUUAUACUUCCAUUAAUUGUAUCAAGUAUUAUUACAUCAUUAGCUCAACUUGAUGCACAAGCUGCAGGAAAAAUGGGUGUUCGAGCAUUGGUAUAUUAUUUAGCGACGACAUUGAUUGCAGCUAUUAUUGGUAUUAUUCUUGUAUUAAGUAUACGACCGGGAUUACGUGGUGGUACAGUACAGAUUAAACCUGAUUCAAAAACAGCUGAAGGUCGAACAGUUGACACAGUAUUAGAUUUAUUCAGAAAUCUAUUUCCUGACAAUAUUAUGGAAGCUACAUUUCGUUCAUUUGCUACUGAUCUUAAAGUAAAUAGAACAUUAAUUUCUGGUCCUAAUGCAACAAAUGAAUACAAAACAAUUUAUAAAGCAACAGUAGUAAAACGUGAUGGUAUUAAUGUACUUGGUUUACUUCUUUUUUGUAUAGUAUUCGGUAUACUUAUUAGUCGUUUAAAAGAAAAAGCAAAAAUUUUAAGAGAUUUUUUUGAAGCAAUGCUUGCAGUUGUUAUGCUACUUGUACGUAUUGCUAUGUUAUAUAGUCCUAUUGGUAUUUUUUUCCUUAUUACUGCAAAAAUACUUGACAUGGAUGAUUUGAGAGAUUUUCUUGGUUCAUUAGGUCUUUAUAUGGCGACAGUUUUAGUUGGUUUAUUUAUACAUGGUUUUAUUAUUUUACCUUUGAUUCUUUAUGUUAUUACACGUAUGAAUAGUUUUAAAUAUAUACGUGGAAUGAGUCAAGCAUUAGUAACAGCUUUUGGAACAGCUAGUUCAUCAGCAACACUACCUGUAACCUUUCGAUGUGUAGAAGAAAAAAAUCAUAUUGAUCCAAGAGUUUCACGUUUUGUUUUACCUGUUGGAGCAACAGUAAAUAUGGAUGGAACAGCAUUAUAUGAAGCAGUAGCAGCUAUUUAUAUUGCUCAACUUAAUGGAAUUCCAUUGGAUGCGGUGAAAAUUAUUGUAACGAGUUUCACAGCAACAUUGGCAUCGAUUGGUGCUGCAAGUAUACCACAAGCUGGUCUUGUAACUAUGGUUAUUGUUCUCAAUGCACUUGGCUUACCAGCUGAAGAAGUUAAAACUAUCUAUGCUGUUGAUUGGCUUCUUGAUCGAUUUCGUACAGCAAUUAACGUAUUUGGUGAUUCGAUUGGUUGUGCUAUUGUAGAACAUUUAUCACGUAAAGAACUUGAUGCAGACGCUAAUAUAAAUGGUACGGAUACUGCUAUGCAAACGUUGGUAUCUACUGACACGGAGUGUGGUACAGGUACACCUAAUGGUAUCGUUAUACGUCCACCAAAUCAUAUACCACCUACUACUUAUAAUAAUCCAACGUUUGCAAAUUCAUCAGAAGCAAAUAAUAAUGAUAAAGACAAUAACAUGGAUAAGACAAAUUUCUAG